GGUUUGGGUAAGAAAACUGAUGCUACAAUCAGUCAAAAUAUAAUUGUCAAUGAAUAAGUAAAAAACAAAAACCAGAAGAGGUGAGAACGACCCCCAGACCAACCAAAGCCUGCGCUCCGCUGCAUCCCACACCCAGUGCCUACGUCCCGCCGCCGUUGCUGUCACCGCCACCAUGCCCAAGAAAAAGGCUGAAGGGGAUGCUAAAGGAGAUAAAGCCAAGGUGAAGGAUGAACCACAGAGAAGAUCCACAAGGUUGUCUGCUAAACCUGCUCCUCCAAAGAUAGAGCCCAGGCCUAAAAAGGCCCCUGCAAAGAAGGGAGAGAAGGUACCCGAAGGGAAAAAGGGAAAAGCUGAGGCUGGCCAGGAGCGGGAUAACCCUGCAGAAAAUGGAGACGCCAAAACAGACCAGGCACAGAAAGCUGAAGGUGCUGGAGAUGCCAAGCGAAGUGUGUGCAUUUUUAAUAACCGUGUACUUCUGGUGACUGUACAGUUUGAAAUACUAUUUUUAAUCAAGUUUUAUAAAAAUGCAGAAUUUUGUUUUACUUUUUUAAGCUAUGUUGUUAGCACACAGAACAUGUCAUUGUUGUUUUGA